AUUCUGCCAUACAGUUUUCUAAUUUUCCCAGCAAUUUUUUAUUAACAGUGAAUUAUUGUCCUCAAAACUGGGAUCUUUGUGUUGAUCAAAUACUAGAUUACUAUGGUCAUUUAUUACUGUGUAUUGGGUUCUUAAUCUGUUCCAUUGUUCCACUACUGUAUUUCUUAGCCAGUACCAAAUUGUUUUGAUAAUUACCACUUUAUACUAUUAUUUUAGAUCCGGUAUAGUUAGGUCACCUUCUUUCACAUUUUUUCCAUUAAUUCCCUAUAUAUAUUCUUGAUUCUUUGUUAUUCCAGAUGAAUUCUGUUAUUUUUUCUAGCUCUGUGAAAUUAUUUUUUGGUACUUUGGUUGGUAUGACACUGAAUAAGUAAAUUAAUUUAGGUAGAAUUGUCACUUUUAUCAUAUUUGCUUAGUUUUCCCAUGAGCAAUUAAUAUUUCUCCAAUAGUUUAGAUCUGACUUUAUUUAUGUGAUGUAUUCAAGGGGAGGUUAAUUUGUAUUUGAGGAGUUGUUUAGUUGAAACCGAGGUGUUGUUUAUUUCAGUAGUGAGAGGGGGAAAGAGAGGAGAACCUCCCUUCUCAAAGCAGGGUUCAGAGGAGACAGCUGGUAUUUAGGGUUGGCUCAGAGAGAGGAGAGGGGGUUUGAAGAUUUUCCCUCUUCUGCCUUCCCUCCUUUGCUAAGGCUGCUCUCCCAGAUUCACUCUUGUCCCUCUUGUCCCCCCUCCACUACUUGAGAUCAAAGGGGCUCCCUUUGAUCUGUUCACUCACACACAGCUUAGAGAAAAGAUAACUAUUUUAAUGUCAACUCAAUCAGGAUAAUACAAAUAAUAACUAACCAGGAAAAGAAUGGGAAAGGAGGUGGGGAAAGGGGGUCCCUGUCUCUAUCUAAAUCCUUUCCCCUUCCUCCUUGAGUUUGGGGGGAACUCAGGCCUUGGCAGCCUGAGCCCCCUGAGAGAAAGGCAGGUUGACUCACCCCUGGGCAACAGGAGCUGAGCUAAAGUAUGCUCAAAUUUCUCUUCAGAAGGUCCCUUCAAUGGGGAAAUGUUGGGGAGGGGGGAAGAUUUCCAGUCACCAGCAGGAAAAGUGAGCAACCCUCAGGAGUAAGUCUUUUCCCACCCACUGUCUUCUGCUUCUCCUGACUGAGAGACCAACUCCUCUACCAGCUCCUCCAGAUUCCAAAACUCCUGGGGCCACUCCCUUGUAGAGGUGAUCAGUUCCACCCACUCUUCAGCCUGGCACUUUUCUUAUAUGGCAGCCUCUCUCACAAGGGGAGUAUUUUGUAAUUGUGCUCAUAUUGUUCCUGAGUUUGUCUUAACAGGUAAACUGAGUCAGGUCCUGAGUCAGGAGAUCACUUUCUAAUGGGAGAAAUGACAUGCAAAAAGCUCUAUACAUACAAGUUAUAUACAAGACUUCCUUCAGAAGGUACCACAGGGAUCCACUUCACCACAGAGAUGAAUGGCAAGCCUUCAGCUCUCCGUAACACAAGUGAUAUUGGGGCAGGAGUUGGGAUACUCUUUCCAAGGAAUAGACAAACCCCACAAAAUAUUGACAAAGAAAAAGUUCCUAUUGGGGAAAUUCAUGAUGUGCAACAGCAGGUCUGGAUUCUUAAGGGAGAGACACUCAUAGCAGCUCCUCAUGAGAAAGGUGUGAACCCAGUGUCUCUGAAGGUAUUACCAUGUAGAGAUGACUCCCUUCCUAAAGACAAGGGAGAUCCUAUAUACCUGGGAAUAAAUGAAACAGAUUUCUGUCUAUGUUGUGAAGUGAGUGGAGGACAACCCCAGCUGCAGUUGGUGAAGGAGGACAUAAUGAAGCUGUAUAACAACCCUGAAGCAGUGAAGGCUUUUGUCUUUUACCAGAAUCGGACUGGCAGCACCUCUACACUUGAGUCAGCUGCCUACCCUGACUGGUUCAUCUCGUCAUCAGACAAAGACCAACCUAUUAUACUGACCCACAACACGAAAAGCCAAUAUAAUACAGCCUUCUAUUUAGACAUAACUACACCCAACUCUGAACGCUAGCUCCUUUCAUAGACUUAUCUAACUUUGAAGGCAUUUCAUAUAUAUAUACGCAUAUAUAUAAAAGCUCAUUUUCAUGUUUACAUCACAUCUUUGAGAUCCUCAGAAUUGGCAUUUUAAUCCCUAUUUUGCAUAGGAGGAAAUGAAAGUCCAAAGAAGUGAUUCGAUUUUUUGCAAGUUCACAAAGCUGGAGACUGGCAGGUUUCUUUUAACGACUGAGUCAUUGGAACACUGAAACUUAUGAGUCAGAUCAUGUUCACGGUUGCUCCGUCUACCCUUCACAGAUGCAGCAGUGGAGAUGUUUCUUUCUAAUCAUUCUCAGUGUGUACCAGGAACACAUUCCUUAUUGUCAUUAGGUGUAGCACUCACUGGUGGUGUAUAGGGGUCAUGAUAUAUCUGGAUUUAGGGUUCUGGUCCUUCAUAGUCCUUUAAAAGAGGCUUCAACAUGAAUCGCGUAACCAUGGAAAAAUUCUCUUAAUUAAUCAAUAAAAUUAAAUUUAAAAAGAAAUUCUAUUGACAUAUAAUCUGGAAAAAUAAAAAUUUAAAAAUAUGUAAAAAAUGAAAGAAGCUUCAAUCGCAUUAACUCUCACUUCAUUGACCACUCAAAGACCUUUAACAAAGGAAAUAUUCAGGAAGAAGUUCUGUCAGUAACUGUGAGACUUUAAAAAGUUGUUUCCUCUUUGGAGACUCAGUUUCUGCAUUUGUAAAAAUGGGCAAGAUGCACCAUUAAAUCUAGAGUUAGAGUAGGAAACCCUCCCUUAAAUAAUAUUCUUAUAUAUGCUUAUAUUUCAAUAUGUGAGUGAUUAUAUGCACACACACACAUACUUUUGCACUAAGAGAUCCUUAGCACUAGGAGAUAAUGAAACCAAAUUACUCAGGCUUUCUGGUUUUCUCAUCCUUCAAAUGGAUAAAAAUGUACCUACUAUAUAUGGUUCUUCAGGGGAUCAAAUUAGAAAAAUAUAUGAAAAUGCCUUGAAAAGCUAAAAACAUCAUGGAAAAUAUGAGGUGAUCAUCCUCAUAUCAUCCCUUUACUGUCCUUCUAUCUAAUAAUGAUUUCUAUACUCUUGGUAGAGCCUGACCUGAGCAAAAUAAUGAAAUAAAUGAGCUUGGAGGGGAGGGGAGGGGAGGCAGGAGAGUAUGCCCAGACUUCUCUUUCUGGGCUCUUUCCCACUUAAAGUUGACCCAUUCUUCAGCCACCCAUUCCUUUCUCCCUACACAGUCCAGACCUUUUACAGUUGUGGGUCCCCUAAAAGCUAGAGUAGGUUCCAGGCAUCAUUUGGGUCAGCACCACUUCAUAACUAUACUACAAAGCAAAAGACAUCUACUGCUUCCACACAAGGUCAAUAGCCAGGGAACCUCCUUCCCUUUUUCUAUGUAUGUAGCUAUUAUUACUCUCCCCCUUUGGUGUCUUGUUUUUCCCUCUUAGAGUGUAAGCUCCUUGAGAUCAGGAACCAUUUCUUUUUGCUUGUAUUUUCAGUUCCAAUGCUUAACACAGUGUUUGGUAUGUAGUAAAUGCUUAAUAAAUGCAUGUUGA